AUGCAGACAUCACAAAAAUUAGGGUCAAAAUAUAAAUGGGAUAUUGUGUGGUUCAACUUCAUAUUUUUCCUCUAUCUUCACAUUAGCUGCCUUUAUGGAAUUUAUUUAAGUUUUACUGCAGUGAAAUUGUAUACUACGAUAUUCGCAAUUAUUACAAUCCCAAUAACAAACCUCGGUAUUACUGCAGGUGCUCACAGAUUAUGGUCACAUAAGUCUUACAAAGCAAAAUGGCCGAUGAGAGUAAUCCUGAUGAUUUGCCAAACUAUGGCGUUUCAAAAUCACAUUUACGAAUGGGUCAGAGAUCACAGAGUACACCACAAAUUCACUGACACUGAUGCUGACCCCCAUAACUCGAAAAGAGGCUUCUUCUUCUCUCACAUUGGUUGGCUUAUGGUAAGAAAACAUCCCGAUGUUAUAAAAAAAGGUGCUACGAUAGAUAUGAGUGAUCUCGAGAAAGAUGCAGUAGUCGUAUGGCAACGCAGACUUUAUAUCAUUCUUAUGCCACUAUUUUGUUUCAUCAUUCCUACCUGGAUACCUGUGCAUUUCUGGGGUGAACGUCCGAUGUACGCAUGGUAUUUAACAAUUUUCAGAUACACUUUAUCUUUAAAUAUUACCUGGCUAGUAAAUUCUGCUGCACAUAUUUGGGGUACAAAACCUUAUGAUAGUUCAAUUUCUCCAACAGACAGCUAUUCGGUUGGAUUAGCUGCAUUCGGUGAAGGUUGGCACAAUUAUCAUCACGUAUUUCCGUGGGACUACAAAGCUGCUGAAUUAGGAAACUACAAAGCAAACUUUACAACAGCAAUUAUCGAUGGUUUUGCUAAAAUCGGUUGGGCUUAUGAUCUAAAGACAGUCUCACACGAAAUGAUUGAAAAGAGAGCAUCUAGAACGGGAGAUGGUACCAAAUAUACACAUGUCGAUGAUCAACACGAGCACAAUCAUAAUAAUUCUAUAUGGGGUUGGGACGAUCCAGAUAUUAAUACUGAAGAUAUUCUAGAUGCAAGGAUAUUAAAUAAAGCCGAAUAAGACUUUUAUUAUUGUAUGGUGGUGGCGUCGACAAAAAAAUUACCAAAUAAAAAAAGRAAAACCGUAACGAAAAU